GCAAGUGCGUACCAAAUUAUUAAUAAUAGUUGAGGAAUCGUCGUCUUUCGGAAUACUCCAAAAAUCAUCAUGAACAUCCUUAUAUUACUACUCGGUCUGACAACGAUGGCGUACGCACAGUUCAGCAGCAGGUUCACGACUCCAUAUCCACAACCGACGCAAUAUUACAAUCCUAAUUAUUACGGCCGGCCUUUUUACGCUAUACUGCGACAAACGCAAGACUCCGCGCCGGACGGAUCAUAUUCUUACAGCUACGAUACAGAAAAUGGUAUUUCCGUAGCGGAAACAGGACAGCCGAAAAACAUUGGGCCGAAUCAGAUCGAGGCGGUCAGAGGUCAAUACAGUUACACGGCUCCAGAUGGUACUCCGAUUGUAGUCACUUAUACAGCCGAUGAGAAUGGUUUCCUGGCGAGUGGCGCCCAUCUUCCGACACCACCGCCAAUACCGAUAGAGAUACAACGAGCUCUGGCAUACAAUGCGGCUCAUCCUGAAGAGGAGGAGCCUUAUAGGAGAUAUUAA